AUGGAUCUACUCAACCAAUACUCCGACAACAACGACCCCGACUCCCCAAUUCAAAACCCUAACUCACCGGAAAACUCCUCCCCACCCCGCCUCCUCCCUUCCCGUUCCGCCGCACCCAAAGUCGACGACACCAUGCUCGCACUCACCGUCGCCGACCCUAAAACCCUAUCAAAACCCAUCGAUCCAACUCAACACGCCGUCGCUUUCAACCCUACUUACGACCAGCUCUGGGCCCCCAUCCAAGGUCCCUCUCACCCUUACGCCAAAGACGGUUUAGCACAAGGUAUGCGUAACCACAAGCUAGGUUUUGUCGAAGACGCCAACAUUGAACCCUUUCUCUUCGAUGAACAGCAUAACACUUUUCUCAAAUUCGGUUACGCCGCUGACCCCUCCGCCUCGAAUUACAUUGGCGAUUUCGAUGCUUUGCAGAAGAAUAAUGCUGCUUCUGUUUACAAUAUGCCUCACCGUGAGCAGAAGAAGAGGAGAAUCGAAGCCUUGAAGAAGGAGGAAAAUGAUGACCAAGAAGAAGAUAACGAGAAUGAAAACAACAACGAAGAAGGCGUUGAGAUUGAAAACCCUGCUUCCGAGGCGUGGUUGUUGAAGAAUAAGAAGAGUCCUUGGGCUGGAAAGAAGGAAGGUUUACAAGGAGAGUUAACGGAGGAUCAGAAGAAGUACGCCGAGGAGUAUGCUAAGAAGAAAGGUGAAGAGAAGAGUGGUUUUGGUGGUGAGAAGGUUGAGGCUGUUAAAGAUAAGAGUACUUUUCAUGGGAAAGAGGAAAGGGAUUAUCAAGGGAGGUCUUGGAUUGCACCUCCUAAAGAUGCGAAAGCUAGUAAUGAUCAUUGUUAUAUACCCAAGAGAUUGGUUCAUACUUGGAGUGGACACACGAAAGGGGUUUCUGCUAUUCGGUUUUUCCCCAAGGCUGGUCAUUUGAUUCUCUCUGCUGGGAUGGAUACAAAGGUUAAGAUUUGGGAUGUUUUCAAUACUGGAAAAUGUAUGAGAACUUACAUGGGACACUCUAAAGCUGUUAGGGAUAUUUGUUUCACCAAUGACGGAACCAAGUUUUUGAGUGCUGGUUAUGACAAGAAUAUUAAGUAUUGGGAUACCGAAACGGGACAAGUCAUUUCCACUUUUUCUACUGGGAAGAUCCCUUAUGUUGUGAAGCUUAACCCGGAUGAGGAUAAGCAGAAUGUUUUGUUGGCUGGUAUGAGUGAUAAGAAGAUUGUUCAGUGGGAUAUGAAUACAGGGCAGAUAACUCAAGAGUAUGAUCAGCAUUUAGGGGCUGUGAAUACCAUUACUUUUGUUGAUAACAAUAGGAGAUUUGUUACUUCAAGUGAUGACAAGUCCCUCAGAGUAUGGGAAUAUGGUAUUCCUGUGGUUAUAAAGUAUAUUAGUGAGCCACACAUGCAUUCUAUGCCUUCCAUUUCGCUUCACCCCAACGCUAAUUGGCUUGCUACGCAGAGUUUGGAUAAUCAGAUACUUAUUUAUAGCACAAGGGAGAAGUUUCAACUUAACAAAAAGAAGAGGUUUGCUGGACAUAUUGUUGCUGGAUAUGCCUGUCAGGUCAAUUUUUCGCCGGAUGGACGCUUUGUCAUGUCAGGAGAUGGUGAGGGUAAGUGUUGGUUCUGGGAUUGGAAGAGUUGCAAAGUCUUUAGAACUCUCAAGUGUCAUGAAGGUGUCUGCAUUGGUUGUGAGUGGCAUCCUCUGGAACAGAGCAAAGUAGCAACUUGUGGCUGGGAUGGGUUGAUAAAGUACUGGGACUAG